AUUUGCGUUUCAGCUGCGCGACGGAAGGGAGCCGUUAUUUAUAUUUUUGUGUUUUUAAAGAGAAAAAGAAAAAAAAAAAACAACACAUGGACUUUGCGGUGGAGAUUAUUUUAGUUUCUUUAUAAUCUUUAGUUAUAUUAGGUUUGGAAAUGUUGAAAAGCAAUGGGAAGAAGACGGCCGUCUCCGUGGGCAGCGCGGCGUUUGUGUGCCUGCUGCUGCUCCUGGUCGCCGUGCAGCAUCACCGGGUGCACGUGGCUCCGGAGUCGGAUGGAGAGGAGGCGAGGACGCGGCCUCCCCCGCGAGACGCCGCGCCGGAGGAGAGGGAGGAGGGAGGGGACGCGCGGCCCGGGGGCGCGGGCGACAAGAAGGGGUUCUCGGCGUACUUCACCAAGCUGACGCGCGGACGCAGGGACGCGGAGGGUCCCGCGCGCCCCUCCGCCGCCGCCGCCGCCGCCGAGCCGCCUCCGGCAGAGGACCUCAGCGCCGAUGACGUCUUCAUCGCCGUGAAGACCACCAAGAAGUUCCACCAGUCCAGGCUGAACCUGCUGCUGGACACGUGGAUCUCCAGAAACGCGCAACAGACGUACAUCUUCACAGAUGGAGAAGACGAGGAGCUGAAGAAGAAAGUUGGGAGUCGUGCAAUCAACACCAACUGCUCUGCAGCCCACAGCCGACAAGCUCUGUCUUGCAAGAUGGCGGUGGAGUACGACAAGUUCAUAGAGUCCGGGAAGAAGUGGUUUUGCCACGUGGAUGACGACAACUACAUGAACGUCCGGACUCUGGUGAAGCACCUGUCCCAGUACCCCCACACCCAGGACAUGUACAUUGGUAAACCCAGUCUGGACCGGCCCAUAGAGGCCACCGAGCGGUUCGGGGACAACAAGAUGAAACCAGUCAACUUCUGGUUUGCUACCGGAGGCGCAGGCUUCUGCGUGAGUCGGGGUCUGGCGCUGAAGAUGAGCCCGUGGGCCAGCGGCGGCCACUUCAUGAACACGGCGGAGAAGAUCCGUCUGCCCGACGACUGCACCGUCGGCUACAUCAUCGAGUCGGUGCUGAAGGUUCCCCUGACCCGCAGCAACCUGUUCCACUCCCACCUGGAGAACCUGCAGCAGGUGUCGAGAUCUGAGAUUCACAAGCAGAUCACCCUCAGUUAUGGGAUGUUCGAAAACAAAAGCAACAUCAUCAGCUUGAAAGGGGCUUUUACUGUGGAGGAGGAUCCAUCCAGGUUCAGGUCUGUGCACUGUCUGCUGUACCCAGACACCCCCUGGUGCCCCCCUCAGGUUGCCUUCUAGGGACGACCGCUCCUCCCUCAUCCUCGUCCCCCAUCGCGCCUCGGUAUCUGAAAGGCUCGUGGGGACCAGUGUUCGGUAUCGGACCGCGCGGCUGCUGCCUUCUCGCUGCAGCGAUCGCGGUCUUUAAUAGUUUUACUGGGCUGCUGUGCGGCCUCAUUUCGGGACGAUUUCCUCCUGGCCUGAGCCAUGACCUCGCCCCACAAUGCCCGGGCGGAGGCCUGCGGCUCCGGGCAGGAAGUAGCUGUCAGCAUCAAGCUUUGCAGGCGAUACGUCGAGCUUCGUGUUGUAUAUGUUGCUUGUAAAUGAAUCUGCAAUUCUCAUAGAAUGUAUUCUCUCAUAUUGAAGCCUUCGCGCCAGCUUUAUUAACCUGUUUAGCUUUUGGAAGUUUAAAGCCGUGAUAGUCUGCAUGUGUGGGCUGUUUGGCUUUUAACAUUGGGUUUACUUUAGGUCUUUUAACUCCGAUGACUCCGGAUAAACGCUCUAAUAUGAAGAUGUUGUGUUUUUUAAGUUAACAGUGUUAUUUCUGCCGUAACCCUGAGCUGGCUGAGAGCAGGUUCGCUUCCUUUGGAGACCUAAUCUGAGGUAUAUCAGGACAAAGCACUUUUACCUUAUGACCUAAUUUAUGUCUUUUCAUGACAUGCUUCAGAUUCGUGUCCAAACUAACAGAGAAUAACCCCUCAGAAUCUCACCAUUUUGUAUUUAAAGACUCUCAUUGCAUUGGUUACAAUCAGGGAAUCGUAAUGAGUGGACAAGAUUUCGACCUGGGGUUACAAUCAGCUUUUGAAUCGCUUUCGUAAAUGUAUAUGUGUUCGCUGAAAGAUUGCACAGUUGAGUUUUAUAUGAGCUGACGUUCGCUCCUGGGUCGACUCCCGCGUCCGGCGCUGCAACAGGCGCUUUAAAUUCCAGUAAAAGAAAAAAACGGCGGCGUCCACGUAACAGGCUGUGUGUAACCUGAGCCUCCGUCUGUAAUAGUUUGCACAGGAGCCUAACGAGGCCGUCUGAUCCCGCCCUUCUCGUUAUUAACGCCAACGUGCUGUGUUUACACACAACAGCGCCUAUUUACUGUUGAGACCCGUGACGUGGGAAACGAACAGGAGCAACGUCAGCGUUUCCACACGGAGGUGUUCCUUCACCUCCGUGUCGCCUCUCACCCACAUUGGGUCGCGCUGUACAUCUGAAUCACAGUAUUGUGUACUGUGUUUAGUGACUGUAUAUGUUUAGAUUGUGCUUAAAUACGCUGUUAAUGACUCGGAUGUGCUUUUUUUGUACUGCUUUGAAUGACUGUGGUGUUUAUUCUCCAGUAUCUGGAGGCUUUGAACAGUUCAUUCCCAAUUCGGACUUCUCAGGGAUUAUGAGCUGAUCCUGGUGUUACCCACUGUGGGACCCGCUGUGGGACCUGAACUUUAAAUAAAGGUGCAUAACCUGA